GGACAAAUGGCUGAUACGAUGUGCUGUUUAUAUUAGCAUCAUGACCAGAACUCUUGUUUUUAUUUUGGCUCUGAAUACCAUAUUCCAGAUAUGUCCAGUAGGGUCUGUUCUAAAACUACUCCCAGACCAGCGUUUCAUCACCUCUGGAAGUGUUGUCGAAUUCCGCAGUAUAAAGAUUAAAAAAGACAUAUUCUGGCUGAACAAAUGUGGAGACGGGGGGAAGUGUAACGACGACCAGAGCACAACAGAUGUCCUAGCCAUCAAAGACAAAACAACCCGGACCCGUGGCGUUACAAAGUGGCGGAUAUUCAACCAAAAUUCGAGUCAUGUGAUACGAUCUGGAGAUAUAGUUAUUCUCGAGAAUAUGUUUGUGCGUGUCUUUAACAGCAAGCCGUCUUAUUUGGGCAAAUGCUUGGACCCAUCUCUCAUCUUAAUCGAAUGUGAUAAUGAUAGCGAUUUCAUAAAAUGGCGAUUGGUGUCUGUUUCCCACAGGCAAGGUAUGGGCAUCUACGAGUCCACCAUGCUUAGAAUGGUGCAUAUUAAAACAAAUGGCACCCUAGUUCUACAUCUAAAGCAGAAUAUCCCAUGCGGAAAUAUGAAGCAAAAAGGUGUAAUUGUUACAAGCGAUAAAGACCCGGAAAACUACAUGGACACAUGGGGGAUUCAUCUCACGACAGAUUCAAAAUUCGAAUAUAAAGUUCGUAGUGGUUAUUGCGAAGGGGGUGAUCUGAAAACUGUCGAUCCUGGACUUGAAGAAUGCCAGCAGCUCUGUGAUGAGCUUGAGUCAUGUGUGGGCUUCAUGUUCACACGUUAUGAGCGGAUCGUCAACGGUGUCAUGCUGGCCCCGAAGUGCUGGCUGAAGAAUGAGUCCUGCCAGAGUGUUGUUGCUAGAGAAUAUACACACAUGUAUGAUAAGACACAAAAGGAAGUCACAACUGAACAAUACACAACAGAAACCACAACAUACAUAGCAGAUACAACCAUUGUAACAACUCAGACAACUGAUAUGGAAACACAUGCAGCUUCCACUGUGACAUCACAAAGGCCACAGACAACAACCAUUAUGACAUCACCAGUGGUACAGUCCACUGAGCAGUCAACUCAACAGUUAACUGAGCAAUCAAAAAAAGAACCCAUUGAGCAGUCAACUGCCAAACAGUCAACUGAAGUGUCUACUGAAGAACCCAUUAAACAGUCAACUGAAGUCUCGACUGAGGAAUCAAUUAUUAAACAGUCAACUGAGCAGACUUCAGUGUCAUAUAUUUCAACAGAUGCGACAAUAAAUUCAACUGAGUAUAGGAUACAAUCAUACAUUUUAGAAAAUACAGUUAACAAGUCUGACAUAAUGAGCACUACCUCUGAAAUAUCAUAUAAUAUAACACAGGCGUCUCUAAACACAUCAGCUAAUUCCACUGAGCUAAACUCAACCCAUACUGAAGCUACACCAUUGAUAAUCUUUCUUAAGACACACACAACGACUCUACCAUGGCCUGGACCAGCAGACAGGCUCAAAUCAGAGCCAGAGACUUCAUGGUCAGAAUCUGACAAGCGAAUCUCUGCUGUUGCCGUGGGGAUGACCGCCAUGUUGAUUAUUGUUAUUUUCUUGGGGUUUGUAUUUUUGCUGGAUCUUCCAACAUAUGUGAAACAUUUUAAGAUGAUGAGGCGCAACAUGAAAAGUCUUUAUGAAUCAAUGAAUGCUGUAGCUAAUAAGGAUAAGCCAACUUUAAAUACUUAGUAGAAAUUUCACCUAAUCUACGUACAUGGAAUGUAAUAUUCUAAUUCCAAGUGACCCAUUUGUUUAAGGCUAGCUGAGUAGAAUGAGAAAGUGUAAACACAUAAUGGAAAUCACACAAUUGUCAUAAUUGUUCUACUCUGCUUACCUUUAUAUGAAUGAAUGUAUUGUUUGUACAUUUAUGCCAGAGUUAAUCCCUGUUUCAUGAUACAUGUACAGUAGAACCUGUCUAAAUGGAACACCUCAGUUGCCUCAAAAUAGUGUUCCACUUUGGAGGUGUUUGUCUUACAUUAAGGUAAUAGGUAAAAGUGUUCCACUGAUAGAGUCAAGUCCCAUUAAAGAGAUGAUCUGAUUUACAGGUUUUACUGUAUCUAAAACACUGGUAAUCAUUUCAAUUAGUUAUUGUUUGAUUUAUGAUGUAAAUGAGCCAGGCCACAGGAAAAAGGGUCUUAUCACAGAUUUUUUCAAUAUUCUGAUUUUUUGUCUUUAUAUCUCAAAAAGCACAAAGAGACCUUUCAAAUGAGCCAUGGCCUAUGUCACAACAAUUUUUCCUAGUAUACAU